AUGGCUCUUGGAAAGCGUCCGUCUAUACGCCUUCCUCCAGAGGUAAAUCGCAUCCUACUAGUAAAAAAUCUCCCAUACAACAUAUCCGCAGAAGAUAUGUAUGACAUUUUUGGGAAAUAUGGUGCCAUUCGACAAAUUCGGGUCGGGAAUACACCUGAGACCAAAGGAACUGCAUUGGUAGUCUAUGAAGACAUUUUCGAUGCAAAGAAUGCAUGUGAUCACCUCAGCGGCUUCAAUGUAUGCAAUCGCUAUUUGGUUGUACUCUACUAUCAAAGAAAUAAGCAAUUCAAAAAAGCAGACGUGGACAAGAAACGUGAGACUCUUGAUCAUCUUAAGGCCAAGUACGGGCUGAAUACUCCGCGCCCGAAGUGA